AUGGAUGUGCAACGUUUCGGGGAUAUUUGGAGGGCUGUCUGGAUUGAUGCGCUCAGCUCCAUGCUGUCAGACUUUGAUGUGGUGCCUGCAUCAGAUCUGCAGCUUCAUUCGGUCAGGAAGAGGGACGUUGAUGUCCGAUCACAUGUGGAGCGGCUGGUCAGUUUCACAGCACUCCAGAGGCACUUCAAGCUGUACUUGACAACCAACACAGACCUUUUCACUGACAACUUCAAGGCUGUAUUCUUAGACAAGAAUGGAAAAGAGGACCAAUUUGACAUUCAGUUACAGAACUACUAUAAAGGACACGUAGUGGGAGAGGAGCACUCGCGUGUGCAGGCGCACAUAGACGGGGAGGAGUUUUCAGCCCACAUUCUUACUGAAGAAGCUGAAUAUAAUGUAGAGCCCUUGUGGCGGUUUACAGAGUCGCCAUCUGAUGGCCGUUUGCUGGUGUACCGUUCAGAGGACAUUAAGAACAUCAGUCAACUGUCCUCACCCAAAGUGUGUGGAUAUGUGAACGCUGAUGCUCAGGAGCUCCUGCCAGAAGAGGCAAGAGCAGCGGGACAGACGGAACAGGAGGAGGAACCUCACAACAUAGAGAGAAGAUCUGCACACAACCACAAGAAGAACACCUGCCCGCUGCUGCUAGUGGCAGAUCAUCGCUUCUACAAGCACAUGGGCCGUGGAGAGGAGAGCACCACCCUCAACUACUUGAUUGAGUUGAUAGACCGAGUGGAUGAUAUAUACAGAAACACAUCCUGGGAUGAGGAUUUUAAAGGCUACGGUGUGCAGAUUCAGCAGAUAAUCAUAAACAAGGAGCCCACAAAAGUUGCCCAAGGAGAGAAUCAUUACAACAUGGAUGGCAGCCCAUUAGGAAGAAAGGACGGUGUGUGGGAUGUGAAGAAGCUUCUAGAACAAUUCAGUUAUGACAUCGCAGACAACGCCUCUACAGUUUGCCUUGCCCAUCUCUUCACCUAUCAGGACUUCGAUGAUGGCACUCUGGGUCUGGCAUACGUGGCCCCUUCCAAACAGGGAUUGGGAGGACUCUGCCCUAAACCCUACUAUCCAUCACAAACCGUCAGGAAACCCAGCUACCUAAACACAGGCUUGACAAGCACCAUGAAUUAUGGGAAAACUAUUCUGACUAAGGAAGCAGAUCUUGUAACAACUCAUGAGCUCGGGCACAACUUUGGAGCAGAACACGAUCCAGACAACAUACCUGCCUGUGCCCCCAGCGAUGACAAGGGUGGUAAAUAUGUCAUGUACCCUAUUGCGGUCAGCGGAGAUCACGUCAACAACAAGCGCUUCUCCAACUGUAGCAAGUUCUCUGUCAGUAGGGCGUUAAAGGUCAAAGCCCAUCAGUGCUUCAAGGAGAGGAGCAGUAAGCUGUGUGGGAACUCCCGUGUGGAGGAGGAUGAAGACUGUGACCCUGGACUCCUUCAUCUCAACGAUGACCCCUGCUGCACAGCUAAGUGCAAAUUCAGGAAGCAGGCACAAUGCAGUGACAGGAACAGCCCCUGCUGCAAGAACUGUAGGUUUGAAAGUGUAGAUAAGAUCUGUCAGGAGACCAUCACCGCCACCUGCAAGGGCAUGUCAAGGUGCACAGGCAACAGCAGUGAGUGCCCCACCCCUGGUAACCUGGAUAAUAAUACAGAGUGUGUGGACAAGGGCCGAUGUCAGAAGGGCGAGUGCAUUCCUUUCUGUGAGGCCCUGCAUGAUCUUGAGUCCUGUGCCUGCAAUGAGACUGAGAACUCGUGUAAAGUGUGCUGUAGAAGCAGGAGCGGGCUGUGCACUCCCUUUGACAGUGAUGGGUCAUAUCUUUACCUGCGCAAGGGCAAACCCUGUACCGUUGGCUUCUGUGACGGAGCAGGUAAAUGCAUGAAGCACGUCCAAGAUGUCAUCGAACGUUUAUGGGACUUCAUUGACAAACUGGACAUCAACACAUUUGGGAAGUUCUUGGCUGACAACAUAGUUGGAUCAGUGGUGGUCUUCUCUCUCGUCUUCUGGAUUCCCCUAAGCAUACUGGUGCACUGUGUGGACAAGAAACUGGAUCAGCAAUAUGAGGAAAACUCCAAAACCAUGAUGUACCCAAGUAGUGCAGAGAUGAUGAGCGGUCUGGAAUCGGCGCCCAUCCACAUUGUGAAGGCCUCUCAUCCGCGACCUCAGCCCUCACUGGGCCCCACGGGCCCCGGCGUCUCACCGGCACAGGAGACGCUUGCCGGCCCAGACCCUGCCAACCUCUCCGCCGCACCCAAAGCGGAUCCGCUGCGAAUGGCCACAAUCGAGGAGGACCCCAGCGGAGACUCCUCUCACCUGGAAGAGGAGGACGGCUUCCGUCAAAGCGGCACAGCUGCCAGGUCCUUCGAGGACCUCACCGGACAGGCAAUGCCAUCCCUCGGGGACAAGAGACGGCUGACGAGACAGGCGCGCAUUGACAGUAAGGAGACGGAGUGCUGAAGACACUGGCAUAAGUCAAAAAUGACUUGAGCUGUGAGGAUCAGGGUGCAAUCAGGCUUCAUUUUGUUCGUGCAUUUAAAAGUGGAUGUGAUGUGUAAACUGCUGACACAUUUCGGUUGGUUCUUAGAAAUUUUGUAGCAUUCCUUAAUGCACAAUUGUAGUUGUUAAAAAUAGAGUGCUACUUACAAGCAUGUCAGAAACUGCCAAGAGAAUUUACUUUGCAUUUGGUCUAUUCAAAAAUUAAAGGAAUAAAUUCAAUACAGCUUUGGACAGCAUCUUUGGCUGUGAAAUAUGACUCGGCAGUUUCAGAAGCCAGCAGAAAGACAAAAGUCUACGAGUUUAAAUUGAUAGUUUAUCCAAAAAUUUUUACUUUUUACUUUUUUUUGGAAGUCAAUGGGGAUAAAUAUUCUUCUGGACCCCAGUGACAUUUAUUGUAUGGACAGAAACAAACAAAAACAUUGUUCAUAAUAUCUUCUUUUUAUGUUCCACUGGGGAAAGUAAGUAAUACAGGUUUGAAAAACACAUGGUUGUGUAAAUCAGUAGUUCCCAACCCUGGUCCUGGAGGCACCCCAGCACUGCACAUUUUGCAUGUCUCCU